AUGGCCAGCGCCUUUCUCUCGCCCUGCCGCAGAGCAGCCCAGCAUGCCUUCUUCCUCGGCUCUUUCCGGCGCACUCUCGCUACAGCAGCUCCCACGCCUUCUGAAAUCACCGUGCUAGGCCAGUCAUACCCCACAGACGGGCACACCAAUGUCACGCCCGCUAUAAUCUCCAAACUCUCCCGAAAACUCUGGCUACAGGAUGGACACCCGAUAGCUACACUCCGAGGGCUCAUAGAUUCUCACUUCUCCUCGCACGAGCACCUGAGUUCAGACUCGCCGCUCGUAACGCCUCACCAGAACUUCGAUUCACUCUCCUUCCCAGCCGACCACCCCGGCCGCUCAAAAACGGACUCGUAUUACAUCAACAAAGACUUGAUGCUCCGCACACAUACCUCGGCUCACGAGGUCGAAGUCUUUGCGAAGGGGAAGGAGAAGUGGUUGCUUACGGCGGACGUGUACCGACGCGACGAGAUCGACGCGUCGCAUUACCCUGCGUUUCAUCAGAUGGAGGGCGCGCAUAUCUUCGGGAACGCUCCCGAGUCUAUCGAAGCUGCUGAAAAGGAGUGCGAACACAUGGAGGCGCAGCUUGCGAAGGUCAACAUCGAAAUCACGGAUAUACCGCACGUUUCUGCGUCCAACCCCGUCCAGCCGGCACAUACUACAGCCCAGGCAGAGCUUGCGGCGCGCCACCUCAAGCUCUCACUCAACGGUCUCAUGUACACUUUGUUUGCUGGUGCUGCAAGCGCGAGCGAAGCCGAGCCUUUGCGUGUACGCUGGAUCGAGGCCGAGUUCCCGUUCACGAGUCCGAGCUACGAGGUCGAAGUCUUCUUCCGCGGGAAGUGGCUUGAGAUUUUGGGCUGCGGCGUCGUGCUUCAAUCAACUCUCGACCGUGCGAGCGUCCCGAACAAGCUCGGCUGGGCAUUCGGCCUUGGCCUUGAACGCAUCGCCAUGAUCCUCUACUCCAUCCCCGAUAUCCGUCUCUUCUGGUCCGAAGACGAGCGUUUCUUGGACCAGUUCAAGCCGGGCGAGAUCACCACGUUCGCCCCGUUCUCGAAGUAUCCCGCCAGUACCAAGGACGUCAGUUUCUGGCUUCCGGAGUCCAGCGAAUUGCACGAUAACGAUGUCUAUGAUUUGGUGAGGGAUAUCGCCGGCGAUAUUGUUGAGGAUGUUGCAGUGCUCGACAAGUUCACGCACCCCAAGACCGGCCGCAAUAGCGCGACCUACCGCAUCACCUAUCGAUCUAUGGAGAGGACACUGAGAGUGAAGCAGGUCGAGUCUCUGCAGACCCAGAUCAAGUCGCGGCUAGCAACGCAGUUCGGCGUCCAAAUCCGAUAA